AUGCGUGGCGGUCCGCGUGGAAUCGCGAGGUUGGGUUCGACGGGAGGUUCCCGCCGGCUGGUUUGUCGAAGCGCGUUGCUGGAAGACGAAUCGGACGGAGAAAGCACGAGAAUCUCACCAGCGCUGAAGAAAGCAGUGCCCGGAGCCAAGCCCGGGGAGCAGCAGGAGCUGGCAGGAGACCACCGCCGCCAGGGAAUCACCAGCGCUGAAGAAAGCAGUGCCAGGAGCCAAGCCCGGGUAGCAGCAGGAGCUGGCAGGAGGCCACCGCGUCAGCUGCAGCUUCCUCUGACAUUCCUUCCAAUCCCUCCCACAUCCACCCCCCCUUCCCCACUUUCAUCCCCCGCCCUCCCCCAGCACCAGAGACUCACCAGCACUGAAGAAAGCAGUGCCAGGCGCCAAGCCCGGGGAGUAGCAGGAGCUGGCAGGAGGCCACCGCGUCUGCUUCUUCCUCUGAUAUUUCUGUCAGGCGCUCCCCCAUCCAUCCAUCCCCCUUCCCCCGCUCGCAUUCCCCCCUGUAGCGCAAGGGAAGCAGCAGCAAAGAGAGCAGUGCCGGGCGCCAAGCCAGGGAGCAGCAAGAGCUGGCAGGAGACCACCGCGUCCGCGGCUGCUGUGGCGGCCCUUCUGGACAGCGCUGCAGGCGCCACCGCUAUAGGCAGCAGCGGAGCAGAAAAGGCUACAACUGCAUUUGCUUCGAGUGCUGCUGCUACAGGCGGCUCUGCUACAGCCGGUGCUGCUGGGGGGGCUGCUACUGGCGGUGCGUCAGCAGCAGGGCCGGCGGCGGCGGCGGUGGGCGAGUUCUGCAUCAUAGAGGGGCCGGACGCGCUGCAGGACUUUGCUCGCAUGCAGCUGACUGAGAUCCGUGACAACAUCACGUCCCGGCGCAACCGGAUUUUCCUGCUGCUGGAAGAGGUGAGGCAGAGGGUAACGGGGCCAAGGAGGACAAACGGUGCAGGGUUGGGAGCAGUGGUGGGCGAGUUCUGCAUCGUAGAGGGACCGGACGCACUGCAGGACUUUGCCCGCAUGCAGCUCACAGAUAUCCGUGACAACAUCACCUCCCGGCGCAACCGGAUUUUCCUGCUGCUGGAAGAGAUUCGCCGGCUGCGCAUUCAGCAGGAGAUCAAGAAUGCAGAGGAGAGCCGCAACAGAGCAGCAGCAGCCGCCGCACGAGCGAAAUUGGGAGGCCUGCCAGUGGAGGAGGAGGAGGAGAUGCCCGAGUACCCCUCCUCGAUUCCCUUCCUGCCCCCACUUAAAACGGACACUCUAAAGGAGUAUUACAUCACAUUCGCCUUCCUUGUCGCCAGCCUCAUCAUUUUCGGUGGCCUUGUGGCGCCCACUCUGCAACUGCGGCUGGGCAUGGGUGGCACGUCCUAUGAGGACUUUAUCGCCAGCAUGCACCUGCCACGCCAGCUCAGUGGCACAUCCUAUGAGGACUUUAUCGCCAGCAUGCACCUGCCGCGGCAGCUCAGGCAAGUGGAUCCCAUAGUGGCCUUCCUCACAGGGGGGGGCGUGGGGGUGCUGUCACCAUUGUCCUUUCCGAAUGCUCCUUUCACCCCUCCUAACAUCCCCUCCCUACUGUCUACUGUCUCAUCACAUGGUGUCUCAACAACACACCCCCGCCAAGUGGAUCCCAUAGUGGCCUCCUUCACAAAGGGAGCUGUGGGGUGGACGUGCUUGGCCUCCUUCACAAAGGGAGCAGUGGGGGUGCUGUCGGCACUGCUCUUUCUGAACACUUGUCGCCUUCCUUUUCCAUCCUCUCAUUACAUCUACCCCUCCCAUGCCAGCCAAGUGGAUUCCAUAGUGGCCUCCUUCACAGGGCGGGCGCCAAGUGGAUCCCAUAGGUGCCUCCUUCACAGGGCGGGCGGUGGGGGUGCUGUCAGCGCUGCUGCUGGUGGUGGAGGUGAUGGUCCCUCCACUGGUGGUCCAUGUCUCCUCCGCUCCCACUCACUCCUCUGCCCCCCAUGCUGCAGCCAAGUGGAUCCCAUAGGUGCCUCCUUCACAGGGCGGGCGGUGGGGGUGCUCCAAGUGGAUCCCAUAGUUGCCUCCUUUACAGGGCGGGCGGUGGGGGUGCUGUCAGCGCUGCUGGUGGUGGAGGUGCCUCACUGCUCACUGAGCCAAGUGGACCCCAUAGCCGCCUCUUUCACAAGGGAGGCCGGUGUGGGUGCUGUCGGCACUGCUGGUGGAGGAGGUGAUGCCUCCGCUGCUGUUAAUGGUGCCUCUUUCUUUCCUCUCAUACCACCCCCUCCGAACCUUCCCUCACAUUACAGUCAAGUGGAUCCCAUAGUCGCCUCCUUCACAGGGGGAGCGGUGGGGGUGCUGUCAGCGCUGCUGGUGGUGGAGGUGAACAACGUGAAGCAGCAGGAGCACAAGCGCUGCAUGUACUGCCAUGGAUCGGUCAGCUCAAGGGUCAACGUGGGGGUGUUGUCAGCGCUGCUGGUGGUAGAGGUGAAUAACGUGAAGCAGCAGGAACACAAGCGCUGCAUGUACUGCCAUGGAUCAGGCUACCUGGCCUGUGCGCGCUGCGCUGCCACAGGCUCGCUGAUCGACGUGCAGUUGGAGGGGGAGGGUUCAGCACGAGGAGCAGCCAAUGGGGCGCUUGCAGCGGCAGCUGAGGGAGCAGGAGCAGAGGGAGCAGUUACUGCUGGGCGGCAAGGCAUGAAGGUGGCCAAGCGGUGUCCCAACUGUGCUGGUCUGCGCAAGGUGAGGAGGGGCGUGGGGAUCGGAAUGCGGGGCAUGUGCAUGCAUGGGGUUGGAGAAAUGGACGUCUGGGCUUUUGUUUGA